AAAAACCUAUCCUCCUGUUUUCCUGUUUUCCGCUAUGGCUCUCAGUUUCAUUGGAAAGCCAAUUUCCCUCAUAUCUCAUUCAGAUGUACGAUACAGAGGUAUUCUGGCGGGUAUAGACCCCGCUGCCUCGACCAUCCAGUUGUCGAAUGUCUACUCUAUGGGGACGGAAUCCCGACGACCCCCGUCAGAGUUCAUUCCUCCGGUGCAAGACCCAUAUCAAUAUAUCAUCUUCCGAGCGUCUGAAGUAAAGGACUUGUCGGUGGAUGAGACGCCGCCGCCGCAAGCACGACGGAGCGUGCAUGACGACCCAGCCGUCCUCGGGGUUUCUGCACCCGCACCAAUACCACCGGCUGCGUAUCCACAGUAUCCAUCUGGCCCUGGUGCACCGCAAUAUCCUCCGGGUGGUGUCACUCAACCUCCCGUUCCCCAACAACAGCCCCAACCGCAACCCGCCGCUCCACAGCCCAGUUACAACCGUACCACAAGCGGUACCGGCAGCGAAGCGAGCCCAUCCCGCACGCAGUCCGCGAACAGACGCGGUCAUCAUGCGGCGGGCUCAGUCUUGAACGCCACGGCGUCCCUCGAGAGCGUCGAGCGUGCUCUGGGAGACCUGCGCGUGAGUGGUGCGAACGGGAGCGGGCGCGGACGGGGCAGGGGGCGGCAGGACGUGAAGCCCGUGACCGUGCCGCCGACGGAUUUCGACUUUGAGAGCUCGAACGCGCGGUUUGACAAGGCUGCGCUGUCGCCGAAGGCGCCCACACCUGGGGAGAGCGAGCAAAACUCGGAAAAUGCGAAAGAGGGCGAGGGGGCAGAGGGGGAGAAGAAGGAGAGCGCGCCGGCGUAUAACCCGAAGGCGUCGUUCUUCGAUACGUUGUCGUCGUCGGCCAGUGACAGGACUGGCGGACGUGGAGGGCGGGGCGGGGGACGACGGGGAGGCCCCGGAGGGAGGAGCCGCAGGGAAGAGGAGAGGGAGAAGAACGUCGCGACCUUUGGCGAGCCUGGCGGUGUGGGCUUGAUGGGCCCCGGAGCGUAUGUUGGUGGGUGGGGCGGGUAUGGGAGGAGAGGGGGAGGGCGGGGGAGGCGAGCACCGCCUGUGGCUGGUGCCGGGGUUGGACGAUAA